AUGGAGUCAGACAAUCUAAAAUACCAAGGGAGAUGCAAGGAGUUCGGUAACGGGUGCACGUGGUUGAUUCGGAUAGUCAUGCGGAAAAGGAAGAGCACAUGGGAAGUUAGGAGGUACAACGGACCACACACGUGUAUGGCCACAUCGAUAUCGAGCGACCACAAGCAGCUUGAUUAUCAUGUCAUCUGUGCGAGAAUCUUUCCAUUGGUUAGAGCUGAUGCGUCGGUGUCGAUUAAGGUGUUGCAAGAGGCAACAGAGGCAACAUAUGGUUUCAAGCCUAGUUAUCGGAAGGUGUGGUUGGCGAAGCAGAAGGUGGUAGCACAGAUCUACGGCGAUUGGGAAGAGUCAUAUGCGGAUCUGCCCCGCUGGAUCCUUGGGGUCAUAUUCACCAUGGACGGUUUCGUUGCUCUGCUAAAGACCUCCCCGGUUAGAGUGGGUGACCAGGUUGAUGAAGAUAGAGUCUAUUUUCAUCGCAUGUUUUGGACAUUCCCUCCAUGUAUUGAGGCAUUCCGCUACUGUAAGCCACUUGUCAGUAUCGACGGGACACACCUGUAUGGCAAGUAUGGAGGGACCUUGUUGUUGGCGAUUGCUCAGGAUGGGAAUUUGAAUAUUUUUCCUGUUGCGUUUGCACUAGUGGAGGGAGAAAAUGCAGAGUCUUGGUCAUUCUUUCUGUCCAAUCUUAGAAGACAUGUUACUCCACAGGAAGGUAUUCUCGUGAUCUCUGAUAGACACAACGGCAUCAAGGCUGCGCUGGAGUCCCCAGGUAGUGGUUGGUGA